CACCGCUCCCCAACUGCCGCCCUGCUGACACACCCGCCUCUCCAGCCAAAACUGCCGCCUCCCCUGCUGACACACCCGCCUCUCCAGCCAAAACUGCUGCCUCCCCUGCUGACGCACCCGUCUCUCCCGCCAAAACCGCCACCUCCCGCUGAAGCUGCCGCCUCCCCCGCUGACGCACCCGCCUCCCCCGCGAAAGCGGCCUCCCCCCCAGCCAAGCCCACCGCCGGAGCCAGCUCCCCGGGAGGGGGGCCGCCCCCGCUCCCCCAGUCCUACGAGGACACGUCCCCCACCUCUCCGGGGAUCGGGCAGGACCUGUACGAGGAUGAAGAGGAAGAUGACGAUGAAGACCUGGACUACCCGAACGCCCUGGCGGACCCCCGGAGCAAGUCGCCGGAGCAGGACUGGGCCCUGGACCGGGUGGGGAACGACAAUGACGACGAAGAAGACUUCAUCCAGGCUGACAAAGGCCUAAUGGUGCCCCGCCCGGCAGAGGAUGCUGGGAAGGUGGGCGGGCGCAUGAAGGUCGACACCCUCUACACGGUUCAGGACGAGGACUCGCAUUUCUUCUUCCACCUGGUCAUCAUCGCCUUCCUGGUGGCCAUCGUGUACAUCACCUACCACAACAAGAGAAAGAUCUUCCUCCUGGCGCAGAGCCGGCGCUGGAAGGAGGGGCUUUGCUCCCGGAGCGUGGAGUACCACCGGCUGGACCAGAACGUCAGCGACGCCAUGCCCUCCCUCAAGAUGACCAACGACUACAUCUUCUGAGCCUGGGCCGCAGCAAAAAAAAGAAACUUUUCAAAUUCUCUGUAUAAAAAAAAAAAAUGCUUAUCAAAAAAAAAAAUGUGCGGUUCAAUCUCUGCGAUCUUAACCCCACAUGUGUAGUCCAAGGCCCUGUUUUACAGAGCAGGAUUCACUGAGCUCGUCGAUUUACUGCACCAAGUAAAACCCAGAACCCUCCCUACCUGGAACAUGGACUGAAGUAAAAAGAGCUGUUCUGGGUUUUUUACUUGCCGUAGGUAUCCAGCUAACUCUGUAAUCCUGCUUUGUGAAACUCCCCCCCCCCCCCACCCCCCCCCACCCCGGACAAACGGUCUGGUUGGAGGUGCGCGGGUGGUGCUGUGGCCCUGCCCUGUGCGAUCUGUGGGGUCUCUGUGGUGUCCAAUCACAGCCUGGGUUGUACUGUUCUGUUUCCCUCUGGUGUCAUGUUCGUUUUCUGAAUUUCCUAACAAGCGCAUAUUAAUAAUGGAUAGUCGUUUGGCCUUCUGUGGGAAAAAUUACACCUUACAGCCUUACAAUUCUGUUCAGAUGUAGGUCACUUUAUUGCAGAUAUUCUUUUAUUUUGUGUAUGUGUAAUGGGGAAAUGUUUAUAGACGUUUCUUUGCCAUAUCUUUGUAAAUAUGUAGUUGAAAUCAGUUGAAUUGGCCAAGAGGCACAGACACUGGCCUUAUCGAUCCACUCACUGAUAGAGAAGUAUGCUCUGCAGUACACUUACUCAGAUCGUGAAUCAAAGCCUUUGAAAAUUCACUGACAUCCUUGCAUCUCUGAAGCAUUACCGGUGUAUAGUUGGCAUUAAAGGUCGCCGGAGGAGUUGAUUUAUUUCCUGUUUAAUCAUGGGGGCGGGAUGAAUUCCGGCUGUAGGGCUCACAUAUACAUUGUUGCUGUUGGAUGUGAACAGACUUACGUGCUCGUCAGUUUCUCCUUGUUUCACGGCAGUUUGCAGUACGCUAGGUGGAUCGUGCCGACGUCGGCUGAUUUCCGGUCCACGAUACCUUGCUCACGGAUCCUGUGCAGUAACGGCGAUUUGAAGGCUGGCCCUUUUUAAAUUUGGUUUUAUGGCUUCGAUGAAGUCAGAGCAUUGCCACUGUGACAUUUUUUUUUUGGAGAUGGAGACCCUCUUAACAGUUUUGGAGAGACUUGUACUUGUACUCCCAGUCAUCCAGUAAAGUUUGCUUGCCACUCCGUAUUGAGGUGGGUGGCCAGACUUGCAGACACUGCUCUUCAGCAGUGAGUCUCCUAGCUGGAAGAAGCGACUAAACAGUCGUUUUAUUCCGCCCUGUUUCAGUUGGCCCCCGAAGCGUUGUAAUGUCAUCUCCAUGGCAACAUUCCUCAGUUCAAAAUUGACACUUUCUGGACCUUUUAACAAAAAAGAAAAAAAAGUAGGUUUUUUUUGUUUCUUUAAAAAAAAAAAAAAAUCUGGCAGAGCAAUUGUAAAUACAGAUUUGCAGUGUAAAAAUACCAUGAAUAUGAUGGGUUUUCUCAGUUUAAGUGAAUGGUCAUACGGUGUGUUCGCAUGGGAAGAAGGUCUUGUCAUGCAUGAAUAUGUAAUAUAGUGUAGCUUUCUAAAAAUCCAUUAGCCUUUGGACGUUCGCCAGUAGAGAAGUGUUCACUCUUUCGACGAUAAAGCACAACUGUACAUUGGGCCCUUACAUGUCUGUCACUCACAAAUACUCUUUAUUUUUAAUAAAUGUAUGUUAAAUAUG